AUGCUUUUGUUGCAUUGGCCUGUAGUCUGUCAGACAGAUGUUGAUUCUUACUAUAUUAUAUUGACAUUUGACCUGGGCAAGGAGGUGUUCAGUAAGAUACCUAUGCCGAAGAUUAUUCAAUGGAAUUUCAAGUUGGGAUUGCAAUUGUCUGUUUCAAAUAACAGAAAAUCUAUUGCUUUGUGCAUGACGCUCAACAAUCGUGAAGAUUUCAUAACGGAUUAUAGGCCUGAAGAUUUUGUUAUUGAUAUAUGGGUGAUGAAAGAGUAUAUCAGAGAGGAAUCAUGGACCAAAUUGAAUGCUCUCUGUCCACAAGGUCCAGAAACAAUAUUCCCCAGCGCCUUAGGCCCUUAUGUUUUAGGAAGAGUGGGGAAGUACUAUUACUGCUCAAAGAAUAAGAGAGGCAGGAACUAG